UAUUCCGUUGUUCUCAACCCUGUUGUUCAUUAUCGCUUAUCAUCUUUCGUGUCUCGCAUGCUGAGAAGCUCCUACACAUUGCCAACCCGAAACUUCUCCUCCAUGCAUUCAUGUUGAUCGCUGAUUGCAUACUGAAUUAUAUAUUCAUAGAACCAAGAAGCUAUAACAGUAGUUUCAGAUGCCAAGCCAAGAAUUCAAGUGGUGAGGCUGUUGAGAAGAGCAAACGUGAAGGUCUUUACAUUGACAAACGGGGCAAAUGGAGAAGCUUUAAUUCCAAGAAGUUGUCUAGGAAACGAUGCGGUUCUUUAAGAGGGCGAGGAUGGAAAUAUGGAUCUGGUUUUGUUGAUGGAAUUUUUCCAGUGCUGAGCCCAAUUGCUCUGCAAAUUUUGGAAUUUGCACAGAAUGACCCGGAUUUCAAUAAACUAUGGAGUUCUCUAGACACUCUCCCAGCCUCUCAUACCACGUGGGAUGAUGUCAUCAAUGUAGUUGUUCAACUGCGGCUCAAUAAACAGUGGGAUUCGAUUGUGUUGAUUUGUGAAUGGGUACUGCACAAGAGCUCCUUCGAACCAGAUGUUAUCUGCUACAAUUUGCUUAUAGAUGCUUAUGGGCAGAAAUCACUGUAUAAGGACGCAGAAUCUGCAUAUUUAGAACUUCUUGAAAGCAGAUGCAUUCCUACUGAAGAUACUUAUGCCCUUCUUAUAAAAGCCUACUGCAAAUCUGGGCUGCUAGAGAAAGCUGAAGCUGUCUUUGCUGAAAUGCGAAAAUAUAGCCUUUCCCCAAGUGCAGUUGUCUAUGAUGCUUAUAUUGAUGGAUUGAUGAAAGGAGGAAAUCCUCAAAAAGCAGAAGAGAUCUUCCAGAGGAUGAAGAAAGAUUGCUGCCAGCCAUCUGUUAAUACUUAUACAAUGUUGAUCAAUUUAUAUGGAAAGGCAAGUAAAUCAUAUAUGGCCUUGAAGGUGUUUGAUGAAAUGAGAAGUAAAAAAUGUAAACCUAAUAUCUGCACAUAUACUGCUUUGGUAAAUGCAUUUGCUAGGGAAGGACUUUGUGAGAAAGCGGAAGAGAUAUUUGAGCAGCUGCAAGAGGCUGGGCACGAGCCAGAUGUGUAUGCUUAUAAUGCUCUCAUGGAAGCGUACAGUCGUGCAGGUUUUCCUUAUGGGGCUGCAGAGAUUUUUUCACUCAUGCAGCACAUGGGAUGUGAACCAGAUAGAGCUUCAUAUAAUAUCAUGGUAGAUGCGUAUGGGAGAGCUGGUCUUCAUGAGGAUGCAGAAGCGAUGUUUGAAGAGAUGAUGAGACUGGGAAUAACUCCAACUAUGAAAUCCCACAUGCUACUUUUAUCUGCCCACUCAAGAGUUCGCAAUGUAGCUAAGUGUGAAGAUAUUGUGAACCAAAUGCAUAAAUUCGGGCUUCAACCUGACACUUUUGUUCUUAACAGCAUGCUGAACCUGUAUGGCCGGUUAGGCCAAUUUGAAAAGAUGGAGGAAGUUUUAAUUGCAAUGAGUAAAGGACCAUAUGCAGCUGAUAUCAGUACAUAUAACAUUUUAAUAAAUGUAUAUGGACGGGCAGGGUUUUUGGAAAGAAUGGAAGAGCUCUUUCAGUCACUUCCCACCAAGAGUUUAAGACCUGAUGUGGUGACUUGGACUUCUCGGCUUGGAGCAUAUUCUAGAAAGAAACUAUACAAAAGGUGCUUUGAAAUUUUUGAAGAAAUGGUUGAUUCUGGCUGUUAUCCAGAUGGUGGAACUGCUAAAGUACUCCUCUCAGCAUGUUCGAGCCAGGAACAGAUUGACCAGGUUACUACUGUAAUUAGAACAAUGCACAAGGAUACGAGGGUUUUGCCUCUUUGAUAGUGCCUUUUUUUUUCUUUAUUUCAAAGAAGUAAGUAUGCCAUCUAUGUAUCCAGCUGGUUCCAACAAAACUACUGCAGGAUUACAUUUUUAUCUAAGUUAUUAUCAUCCACGUUAUAUCUCA